AUGGCGGAGAGGCAGGAGUCGGUCUCCGGCGGCGGUGCGGCGGCACCGAUGUGCGCCAACAGCUGUGGGUUCUUCGGUAGCGCGGCGACCAACAACUUCUGCUCCAAGUGCUACAAGGACCACCUGACCAAGACCGCCGCCGCCGCAAGAAGGUGGGGCUACAAGGACCAACAGGUGCGCGUCGUGCCGCAAGAAGGUGGGGCUGCUGGGGUUCCCUUGCCGCUGUGGCGCCACGUUCUGCGUGCUGCACCGGUACGCGGAGAAGCACGCGUGCGGCUUCGACUUCAAGACGGCGGGCCGGGAGAAGACCGCCAAGAACAACCCGCUCGUCGUGGCAGCCAAGAUCAACAAGAUCUGAUGCAGAGCAAACGCAAGAGUGCGCAAGUGGUGGCGGCAGUGGCAGAGCAGCUCGUGCCGCGGCCGGCCGGUACCGGCCGGCGGAUGGGGGCGACGGGCUUCGCCUGCCACUGUUCCAACGACACCGAGAACGGACUGCCAACGCCUUCACCGGAUAAGGGAAAAAGCUUGGAUGAGUGGCCAGUCCUUCGCCGGUGGGAUGUUCCAUGGGAGUGGCCAACGAUUUCCCUCACCAUGGUGGCAUGUGCAGUAAGCUUUCUUUUGACAGGGGUAGUUGAGCAAUCUAUUUUGGAGCAACUAGGUUUUCAAGCUGGGGAGACAACUCUAGAUGAGAAGGCAGAAAUACUCUUCUUGGGACAACUUAGCACGACAGUAGUUGUACUUGGAGUUAUAUUUGGCAUCACCAGUACAUUUCGACCAUUCUCAGAUGAUAUAUUUCGCUAUGAAUUCAAGGAACCACUUAAGCUGCAAAAUGGUUGGCUUCUGUGGUCUGGAAUCGGCCUAUUUGUUGCAAUAGUUGCUAUUGCUUUAGCAGGUGCUGCAAUGACAUUUCUGAAUGGUGAAACACCACAGAGAGAGACGGACUCGCUGGUCCUUUUGUUGCCGCUCAUUGGCUCAUCAAACGUUAGCACUGCCUGUUUGCUGGGCAUCACUGGGAUUUUGGCACCCAUUCUGGAGGAAACUGUGUUUCGAGGAUUUCUUAUGGUAUCCCUGACUAUGUGGUUCUCUACUCCAUAUGCUGUGCUUAUCACUGCUGCAAUGUUUGCCUUUGCUCAUCUUACACCAGGAGAAUUCCCACAGCUUUUUGUGCUUGGUGUUGUCUUAGGAUUUUCAUAUGCUCAAACUCGCAAUCUUCUAACUCCUAUUGCCAUACAUGCUGUCUGGAACUCUGGAGUAAUAUUGUUGCUAACCUUUCUUCAGAUGCAAGGGUAUGAUAUCAGGGAGCUUUUGCAGGCAUCUUGA